GUCUAUUCUGUGUUUGAGUAUUUCUGAGAAGGAAGAUAUAUGGGGAUGGUGGAUAUCCCAGAAAAUGGCUUUGGAGAGGUGAAUAUUUGAUAUUUCUAAGGGGAGAAAGAAUAAUCACAGAAGAAUGGAGUAUGAGCUCUCAGAGGAUUCCGAUGAUACUUUAAUUCAUCAUCAAGAGGCGGGGAUGGGUAGCACCACCAAGAAAUAUGUCAUUGCAUGUACCAUUUUUGCCAAUCUGAACCAUGUUCUUCUUGUCUACGGUGGAAAAACAUCUGACUUAAUCGGUAGAAAGUGGACUAUGGCAUUAGCUGCUCGUCUUUCAAAUUGGUUCAGCCAUAAUGGCAGUUGCGCCUUCGAGAUCUCACCAAGUGUUGCUAGAGGCUUCCUUAUAACCUUCCCAGAAUUUUUCAUAAAUGUAGGCAUUUUGCUCGGCUAUGUCUCAAAUUAUGCAUUUUCUGGUCUUUCAAUGCACUUAAACUGGAGGAUAAUGCUGGUUGUGGGGAUUUGGCCUUCAGUAUUCAUAGGGAUUGCACUUUUCGUCAUCCUUGAGUCACCAAGGUGGUUGGUGGAAGAGAGACUAACUGAAAUACAACUAGCUGCUGGAAUAGGUAAUGCAGAUAAGGGUGAGAAGAAAGCUGUAUGGCGUGAACUGUUAUUUCCUUCCCCUUCAGUUCGCCAGAUGCUAGUCAGUGGACUUGGAAUCCAGUUUUUCCAACGGAUCACAGUAAUAGAUGCAGCUGUGUAUUAUAGCCCUGAAAUUUUCAAGGAUGCUGGGAUUGACAGUAACUCCACACUUCUUACUGCAACUGUUACUGUAGGUGUCUCUAAAACUGUCUUUAUAUUGUUUGCUACAUUUCUUCUUGACAAACUUGGGAGAAAGCCCUUGCUCUAUGUGAGCACAAUUGGAAUUACUGUCUGCUUGUCUACUCUGGCCUUUUCCCUUGCUUUAUUGGGAAAAGGGCAGUUUGAAAUUGCAUUGGCAAUUUUAGGUGUUUGUGGGAGUGUAGCUUUCUUUUCUAUGGGAAUGGAUCCUAUUGUUUGGGUUGUGACAUCGGAAAUCUUCCCCCUGCGGUUGCGUGCUCAAGGGACUGCUCUUGGAAUAAAAAUCACGGUUGCUGGAACAUUCAUCUUUUCAACUCUAUCAGCUCUUUCUGUUCUAUUUGUUGACACCAGUGUUCCAGAGACCAAAGGUAAAUCAUUGGAGCAUAUUGGGUUGCUAUUCCAAGAUCAACGUGAACAGCUCAAAAGUAAAAAGGAAACAGCGGAUGCUGAACUUCUGGUUCAGAAUGCAUUAGUUAUUGAUAGAAGCUUAGCCAAAGUUGUUUUUUUUCUACAUAUCCGUGCAUUCAAGUUAAUUCACCUUGAGAUCCAAGGGAUGCAAACAAAUUUAGGGAUGGCAAUUUUCUUUGCGAUCCACGGAGUUUCACGGAGAUCCCCGCCACAGGAAUGGAAAUUCCAAGAAUAUUCCUCACCGUGGAGUAGGGAUGGAGAAUCAGCUUUUAGUACUAGUGGAAGAGUUAUUAGUCCACAUCGGAGCAAGCUUAGACCAAAUACGAUACAGGCACUUAUGUGUCUUCAAGAUUGGUUGAAGAAAGAUCUGAAAGGUUCUGACAAUAAUAGGAAUUUCUCCAAUCUAUUUGAGGAGUUGGAGGAGAAUGAUAAUAAGGAUGAUGAGUCUGAAGUAAAUUUUAAACAAUAAUGUUUUUUUAUAUAAAUUAUUACAUAAAGAAUUUUUAAAAAUUUUUUUUUUUGUUAAUUUGGGAUAUUUGUUUUUGUUUCAGGAAGUUAUUUUCUUAACUUGAAAUUAUUGAUUAAGCUUAGCUUAAGUUGCUGCUGUAGAGUUUGCCUAGCUAGAUUGGAUGGAUGUACGCAUGUGCCACUUCCUAAACUCUUUUAUGUGCUUUUUCUUAAUGAACUUAUUGCUGGACA